AUGGUGCAUGACGGAUAUCAGCUGCAGGAGCAAUCAACCGAAAACGAUCAUGUACCAUUCACCUCGUCGACACACGCCCACCUCCUCCGCGAGCAUCAACCAUGGAAAGGCCAUCGCACCACCGGCAUGUCGAUGAGCAUGCACCUGCGGUCAAAUAUUGAGGUCGUACGGUCGUUGCGGGCAGGUAUCGGCGCGUCGCCAAAGUUCUUUGGCAAACGACAGCCAUAUAUAGUCGAUACGGUGCAGGACAUGUGCGACAGCGGGAAGCGUACACUCAUGUCAGUGGAAGCCAAUCCGUCGACAGUCAAGCUGUUCAUUGUCGAGCUGCUCCGAUGGCGCGUCACAGCACCAGAGAGGACUGUGUCACUCGCCACAUGCCUAGCAGGAUACUUGGGAUGUUAUGUGAGACUUGAGGAUCGUCUUGACAUUGACCGCCAGUUCGCGCCAGAUCAGGUCCUCGACGUCGUUGCCGCAGACAUCAACCUUCGCACGAGCCCGACUCAAGUUGUGGGAGCACUGUUAUUCUACGCCGUUCAAGCUCAAGGCCCUGUGCCUAUCAUGAGGAACGUCCCGUCCGGUCCUUCUCACGGUUCUGGGCGUGCACAUGUAGGCUGUGGCCGCGAAGUCUGGUUCAUUGACCAUGUUGGAGGCAGCGCAAGGAGAGAGAUGUUCAGUAUCGAGUCGGGUCCAGAGGAUUGGAAACAGAAACGCAGAGAGAUCGAUCUCACCAACAUGAGCGACACGAUGGACCGUAACAUUCCCACGCAAUCAACAUCAGUGGAGGGUAGGUUGCAAUUUAUCGUUCCCAUUAGCCCCAUGUUUACUGACAUUCCCGCUCUCCCUUCCACUCGUUCAAUGGAAUACGCAACUGCUGCACCAGGGCCAUCCCUUGCCAGGGGGAAUGCCUUUUGCAUUGGCACUAACAAUCGCAGCAUGGAGCGCCUUACAACCCCCCACCGCCAACUGUAUCUCUCUGGGAAUAAUGAUGAUACUAUCGAGAUAACAUCUGCAUCUACAUGACAAUUACGGAUCCCGCCCGUGGAUUCCAGUAAAUACAUAGCUAAUUCGAACCUCUCAGAGAUAGGUAUAUUCACCUCCUGUCCGCGAGGUCAGGGGAGUUACAAAAUAAUUUGAGGACACCAGCACGAUGGAUCUUCAUCCAAGAUAAUAAUACCAGCGAUACAUCAGAGGAGAG